UUGAUAUCGCUGUUGAAUUAAGUCAUCAUGCUGCCCAAGUCUACAUAAGCACAAGAAGUGGAUGUUAUGUUUUCACACGUCUUGGUCGUGGAGGACAACCUCUUGAUUUUAGUAUCUCCAGAGCAACCCAGCUUAUACCACUUGCAAUCCUGGCAAAACUUCUCCCUGGAUUGGUGAACAACAAAGUUGACUUUAGAAACUUUGGCCUUCAACCAACAGGCACCCUCGGUGUGAAUAAAUUUCCAAUUAUAAACGAUGAGAUUCAACACCGUAUUAUAACUGGCAGUAUAAAAGUCAAAGGGAAUGUCAAGGAGAUUGCACAAAAUUUUGUCACUCUCGAGGGGGGCGAGACAUUGGAUAACAUCGAUGCUUUAGUUCUUGCAACCGGAUUCAAACCAAAAUACCCAUUUGCAAAAGAGAUCAUAGAAGUAAAGGAUGAUUUCUAUAUCAGUUUAUAUAAGCACGUGUUUUUGCCUGAUGAUGAGUGGCAUACAUUAGCUGUGAUUGGUGUAGUGGGGGUCGGAGGGCCGGUGGUCCCUGUCUCUGAAAUGCAAGCAAGAGUUGCUGUAGAAGUGUUUGCGGGGAGAUGUAGUUUGCCAAGUGAGGGUGAAAUGGAAAAGGAGAUUGCAGAACGGGAACAAUGGUGGCUGAAAACUGGAGCGUCCAAAUACAACUUUAUGAGGGUGAGUACAUAAUGGUGUUGCCAGUGGAUAGAAGAUUUAGUUAUAACCACAACAGUAACGAUAGCAAUUACAGUACGGUGAUGAUGAUCAGAGGCGCCGGAAUAUCGAUAAUUGGGGGGGGGGCAGAUAUUCGUGUUCUGCCCAAUUAAUUUCUUUCGAAAUCGAUUGUUUUUACAGUCUGUGAACACGAAUAUAUAAAUAUCUGCCCCCGCAAUUAUCGAUAUUCCGGCGCCUCUGAUGAUGAUGUCGUUAUGCAUGAUGGCGGUUAUGGUGAUGGCAAUUAGGAACCGGUCAUAAAGUAACUGCUAGGGUGGGCUGGAGUGAUUUGGGAUGGGCCAUGGAAAAUCUUUGGGCAGUUUGGAUGGGCCGCCAAUUUUUUGGUAUGUCCACGGUUGGGUCACCAAACAAAAACCCAUGUUAAAUAUAUUACAUGAAGAUAUUAAUAAUAAAAAUAAACAAAACUAUCCAAAUUAUCAAAUGCAAAUGAUGCUAUUGAAGCCAGUACUUUGUUUUAUACAACAACAAGAAGUGGUCGAAUCACAGCAAAUACAACCAAUCGUAAUUGGUGAUGAAUGUGUUGGUCAAGCUUGGUGGAAUUAUGUACGUCAAUACAGUGCCGGUGUAUAUUUACAAUGUUCAUACCUGCAAGUUUUUUUUGUUAUAAAAUUGUAUUUUCCCAAUUUAGAUUGGGUGGGUCGGUAAUGAAAUAAAUUUGGCAUGAUUAGAUGGGCUUUGAAAUUUUUAACUUAUUUAAUAACUUUUCCGGCAUAAAAUUACAAUAACAAAACAGAGUGGCCGGGACACCGGAACAGCUUAUUGCCAAUUACUGCGGGCGCAAUUAUUGGUAAACUACAAUAGUGUAGGAAAGAUAUAUGGUUGUGGCAGUGAAAGCUGAUGGUGGUUAUAAACUUAUAAUUUCAAUAGUGCUCAUUUGUGCUAAAGAUACUAGUUUCAAUUGCUUACAAUCAAUUUUUCAUCCAAAUAUUUUGAAGGUUAACUUUGUCCCCUAUAUGAAUAAACUUGGUGAGAUGAUCGGCGCCAAGCCCAACUUAUGGUCAAUAUUCAAAGAAGAUCCAAAACUGGCCUAUCACGUUUUCUUUGGAACUACCAUCCCAACUCAAUAUCGACUGCAAGGACCCAACACUUGGAAGGACGCGAGGAAACAUAUCAUGAGUUUUCAAGAACAGUAUCUCUGUCCAUUAAGUACCAGAAAGUGUGCACCAUCAGCAGAAAGUAACAGUCAUGGUGUUCUUAUAUUUAUUUUUGUGAUUGUUUUUGCUGUAGUUGCAAUAAUGCUCAAGGCAUGA